AUGGGUUUCCUUUGGGACCGGCGGCUUGUCGGCGUCCCAUGCGUUCUGGCCGCUUCGGUGUUGCAGUAUGUGCGCUUUGCAAAGAAGCCCAUGGCAGCACCGUGCCAUAGGGUCACCGAAAGAGGGGCUCGACGUCUCCUCGUCAUUGGCCUGGUUGCCGAAUUCGUGUCCCUGGCUUUCCUGCCGCUGUCCCAGGCUUGCCCCAUGAACGCGUCGUGCCUCGUCUUCCUGUACUUCUGGAAGGAGUCGAAGCGAGCUCAAGUGUUGCAGCUGAGGGAGGCCGUUGGCGAGGUCUUUGUGUGCUUCCUGGCACUUAGCGCAUGGGCCCUGCCGUUCCUGGACCCGGGAGGACGUGACUGGCCAGAAGCGGUCCAGGCAGCGUCGCUCUUGGAAAAUCUCCUCGGUCCAAGGACCUGUGGUUACGUGGUUUUCCUGCUUCUCAGCGGGGCAGUGCUCUACAUGCUCUGCAGCUGCAAAGGUGUCCAGGGCAACGUCUUCGUGAGCUGCUUACCUCCUGCGUUGAACUUCGGCGUGUCGGCGCUGUUGCUAAAGGCGGCUGCGCAGGUCGCCUAUGGAAUCGUCCAGGCCCCACAGAGGAGUGAGCUGUGGGCGGCUCUGCCCGUCCUAUUGCUCCUGCUCUUCGCGGUCCGAAGCGCUGCAGCAUCACCGCUGCGCAGGGCACUGGAGGCCCAUGACACCCUGCGAGUCCUGGCAGCCUAUGGAGUGCUGUCGGGCAUCGCAGCGGCCGUCACCGGCGCGCUGAUCUACGGAGAGCUUGCCGGUUGGACGGUGGAGAAGCAGGGAACCUUUGCCGCGGUGUUGGCCCUGCACUGCUGGGGAAUGCGUGGCCUCGGGGCUACGGCGGAACCCAGAGGCUCCCCACCGCAGCAGAAGGCAAAGACGGAGGAGGAUGAAGGCAGCGGCAGGCGGCAAGUGGUUGAAUCGGAUCGCGCCGCCGAAAAGGCCCGGCAGACCCUGGAGAUGGGAGCUCGGAGUGCGGCGGCCCCGGCGCCCACAGCCGGUUCGGUCAAGGGCUCCGCAGUAGCACCUCCGGCAGAGGGCCCGUUGCUCAACUUCGAUGAGGCGGCCGCACGUCGCCGGACCGUGGACGACGACGCCAUGAUGGAGGAACAGCUUUUUGCUCGCGCGCUAGCGCCCCUCUCCACCGAAGAGGUGGACACGAAAGGCGCUGGCGAGGCUGCGCCACAGUUCGACGCUGACUUCGAG